AUGCCUCGCAUUAAUCAGAUCCCAGAUGAUGAACAGGCGGGAUUCGAUGCUAAAGUCAAAGAGCUAGAGGAGUGGUGGAAGAGCCCACGACAAGCUCACAUCAAACGACCAUAUUCCGCGACUAGAAUUGCAUUGCUCGCCGGAGUCCUGCCCCAAAAAUAUGCGUCAAGUGACAUGGCAUUGAAGCUCUGGGAGCAACUCAACGAGCAUCGCAAAAAUGGCACUCACGAGAUGACUUUCGGUGUCACGGACCCGAUUAUUGCGAGCCAGAUGGCAAAGUAUCAGGAGACUCUCUAUGUUUCUGGGGCGUUGUGUGGGUUCUCAGAAGUGUCGGAGCCUGGAAUGGAUUGUUGCGAUUAUCCAUUAGAUACGGUGCCUAAAGUUGUGGACAAAAUCUUUAAGAGUCAAGUAUGGCAUUCGCAGCGCCAGAGUCAUUAUCGCAUGCUCCAGCCAAAGGAGAAGCGAGCUGAACUCGAGAAUUGGGAUUACUUGACUCCCAUUGUGGCUGAUGGCGAUAUGGGAUUUGGAGGACUCACUUCAACCGUGAAGAUGACAAAGCUGUUCGUUGAAGCUGGUGUUGCCAUGUUUCAUCUUGACGAUCUGGCUAUCGGAAAGAAGAAGUUCACAGUUGGAAUGGGACGUACGGUUGUGCCAACGAGUGAAUAUCUUGAUCGUCUUACUGCUGCGCGGAUGCAGAUUGAUAUCAUGGGAGCAGAUACCAUGCUUUUGUGUCGUUGCGAUGUCGAUCACUCGGAAUUCAUUACGGAUGUUAUUGAUCCUCGCGAUCACAAGUACGUCCAGGGCGCAACAGUUGCCGUCAAAUCACUCCAAGAUACGUUAAGGGAAGCCGCAGAGGGAGGAUCUCCAGAUCUCCUCGCUACUCGCAAGGAAUGGAUUAAGAACGCUGAGCUCUGUACAUUCGACGAAGCAGUGAAGAAAGUCGCUUCGGAAUCAGAAUACAAAGCUUAUGUUUCGAAACUUGGAUCAGGAACGAAUUCCCUCAAAGACAUGCGAGCAGCUGCCAAAGAAACAGUAAGCCAGGAGGUCUUCUUCGAUUGGGAUUUACCACGUUCAAGGGAAGGUCAAUUUUUCUACAAAUCCUGCGUCUCCGCUAUCAUCGAGCGCGCCCUUCUCGCCGCUCCUCUGGGUGACGUGACAUGGGCACGAAUGGACAUGCCAAACUGGUCCGACCUCGUCGAAUUCCACGUAGCCAUUCGAAAAGUAUAUCCAGAACGGCUCUUCGCAUUCGGCUACACGGGCGACUACGACUACCCCAAAGCCGGAUUCUCGCCAGAAGCCGUCAAAUCGCUGCCAUCGGAUCUCGCGAAGAUGGGCGUGGCGUGGCAGGUGCAGCCGAUCUGGGCGCUUCAGGGUCUGAAUUACCAGACGCAGAAGUUUGCGAAGCUGUGGAGGGAACGUGGGAUUGAGGGGUAUGUGGAGGAGAUUCAGAAACCGGCGUUGGCGACCAGCCCGAUGACGGAUGGGUUUGAGAAACCGAGUUAUAGUGGGAGUUAUCUGUGUGAUGCGUUUUGGGAUACUGUUGCUGUGAGGGAUGUGGGUGAGGGGCCCAGUGGGACGGCGAGUUAG